AUGGCGCCACCAGCCGUCUCGUUACGGCACACCAACGGCAACGGCAGCAGCACGCUGACCGCUGGCGGCGGCAGCGACGACGAGGCGUGCCCGGUGUGCAAGACGACGCGCUACUUCAACAAGGACAUGGAGUUUCGCAUCAAUACCGAGUGCUACCACCGCAUGUGCAAGACGUGCGUGGAGCGCAUCUUCAAGGACGGCCCCAACCAGUGCCCCUACGCAGGCUGCCACAAGACGCUGCGCCUGCGCGGCUUCAAGGCGGCCUACUUUGCGGACCUGGCCGUCGAGCGCGAGGUUGACAUCCGCCGGCGCGUCGCGACCGUCUUCAACAAGGUCGAGGACGACUUUGACUCGCUCGACAGCUACAACGACUACCUGUACAUGGUCGAGUGCCUGACGGACGACCUGGUCAACGGCCCCGACGCGGCGCGCGUCAAGGCCGAGGGCCAGCUCGCCGACUGGGAGGCCCAGCACAAGGCCGAGAUUGAGCGCAACCGGAAAAUCGCAAAGGAGUCGGACGAGGCGCGCCAGAAGCGCCUCGCGGCGGAGCAGGAGAGCACGCGCCAGCGCCGCCUGCAGGACCUCCGCGAAGAGGCCGACGAAAAGGCCAGCGCGGCGCGCUUCCGUGAGGAGAUGCUCGACUCGCUGCAGAGCGCCGACGUCGGGCACGCCGCGGAGGCCGUGCACAAGAUUGUCCUCAAGAAGCGCGGCCAGCAGCAGCAGCCGUCACGGGGUGGCGCGCUGGACCCGGCGAGCGGGCUGUCGAUCCGCGGCCUGCGCGACAAAAAGGCCGCCGCCGCCGACGCCGCCGCCGAGAGCAACAGGCCGUACGACCCCUACGGCGGGCUGGACCUGGCGCCGCAGCGCGUCGACCUGGCGCCGGAUCGCCUGGGCCAGUACAGCAGCGAGUGGCUCGACGUAGUCCGCUCCAAGCACGACUACACGGUCGGCGGGUACAGCCCGGACGAGUACCUGACUAGGGCGCUCUUUGAGGCCUUUUCGGGCCUGGGCGUCUUUGUCGACGAGGAAAAGGACAGCCAGGGCAAAACGGCGGUGGCCAGUGGUGGUGGUGGUGCUAUGGAACUAGAUGAUUCGUUCUGA